AUGUCUGUAUCUAUGUUAGAGGCUGAAGUUACAAAGGAUGAGGUGAAAAUGACAAUUUUUGAAAUAGGAUCAGACAGAGCUCCUGGACUAGAUGGGUUUACAGGUGCGAACAACACAUUCAUUACUUUGAUACAAAAGAAGAAGGAUGCAAUUCAAGUGGGUGAUUAUAGACCUAUAUCUCUAUGUAAUGUGUUCUACAAAGCUGUGGCUAAGAUCUUAGCUAAUAGAUUAGCUAAGCAAAGGGGUGCUGUGGUGCCAUUAGAGGCUGCUGUGCAGGCUGGAAUUCCUAUUACUCAUCAGUUUUUUGCUGAUGACUUGCUGCUAGUGAUUAGAGCAAAUAUGGGAAUUCAGUUAGAAGAAGGAAUUCCAUUAUCAGAUCUCUGGGAUGUAAGAUGGAAUGGGCUAGCUGCAUCUGUCUAUAGCAGGUAG